UGUUACGAAAGAAAUGCCUCCCGUAGUAAUCACCUGUAAGUGCAUGUGGUCCAAAAAUAAUCACACAUGUACACGUGCACAAACGUUCCCAAUCUGACAAGGCAUUGCAGGACAUCUUGGCGACAGUGUGGUUAUUAACAGCAAAACAACGCUACUGAGUAAUAGUAUUCAGUCACUAAUAACAGUGGUUGUGGUACUGGAAUAUGUCGGAUUUAAUAUCGGAAGAACAAUAUGUCACCAAAAAGUUGAAACACAAGAAAAGAAAGAGGAAGCAUUCUGAAUCAUCUGAUGGAAUGGAUCAAGCAGAAAACACAAAGAAUAAUAAAGCAAAACACAAGACAAGCACACAGUUAAGCUUAUCUGAGGAACAACAGGGAGAAGGUAAUUUGAAAAUAAAAAAGAAGAAAAAGAAACAUUUAUGUAAUGAAUCUGACAAUUGUCUUGAUACCCAGUCAGAAAAUGAUAAAACUGUGACAGCGGUUGAAUAUAUUUCAAAGAAAAAGAAAAAAUGUAAAAGAAAACAUAGUGACAGCAUGAAUGAAGGUGUAAAUGGACAUGAUCUUUUAGAAACUGAAGAAGAAAUUAUUAAUAAAGACAUUAAAAAGUCAAAAAAGAGAGAUAGCAUUUUUGAUUCACUAGAAUCCAAUCCAACUGUUAAGACAAAAAAGAAAAAGCAUUCUAAGAAUGAGAAACCAGAAGAUCACGAGGCUGUUGAAUUUUCUGACAACACAGUGGCACAACUUGAUAUAGUAGAAAUUAAAACCCACCAUAGUCGAAAGAAAAUUAAAAGCAAGCAAGAUAAAAAAGUGGAAUCUGAAGCCAAAAUUUCGGAAGACAUCCUUGAAACUGGUGCUGGAGACAGAAUUAAAAGAGUACACACUGAUGGUGAUCAGGAUGAAAUGAAGACUAAAACAAAGAAAAAGAAGAAAUAUAAACAUGAUACAGAAUCUCUGAAGUGCAAUAAAAAUGAUGGUGAACAUGUUGCUGAAUCUUCAGUUACCAUGGAAACAGAACCCACUAGCAGUAGCAGUAAUAGUGUCAGCAAGAAGAAGAAAAAGAAAGACAAGAAAUCUCAUGUGAUGUGUGAAAACAUAUUAACCAAUCAUGAUGAACAGGCAGCAGACAAAACAUCCCCAUGCCAUAAAAAAUCAAAAAAGAAGAAAAAGAAAUCAACAGAAAUUGAUGAAGAAAAGUCAUCUAACAUUUCAGAAGACCAAAAGAUGGAGAAAGGACCUCAAACAUCUGAUGAUCAAAAUGAUCAAGAUCCUAAAACAUUGACCGAUACAUGUAAUGGAAAGUCAAAAAAGAAGAAAAAGAAAUCAGUUGAAAUUGAUGAAAAAAAGUCAUCAGAUAUUGCAGAAGACCACAAUACAGAGACACGUCAUACAUCUGAUGGACAAAAUGAUCAAGAUCCUAAAACUAUAGUUAAUACAUGUAGUGGAAAUUCAGAGGCAGGUGAUUCUGUUGAUGCUAGCAGUCUAGGACAGUGGCAGACGGCAUCUCUAGGAAACCAGGACAGACAACAAAAGUUUUUAAGACUGCUGGGUGGUUUCAAGAACGGAGGAAGGUCUAAAGGACUUUUUGGUAAUCUUGGUGCUAAACCAAAAGGGGGUAACUUGGCAUUAAAUCGCCUGGAGGAGGAGACCUUGUCGAACAAUCUCAUGUCCAAUUUUCAAAAGGCUCUGGAUUACAAGCUGUACAAGGACAAAGGAGUUGGACUUGGCUUCACGGCUCCUCCUGGUGAGGGUAAAACAUUCUAUGUGGAUACAAACGCAAUAAAAUCCAAGAAAUUUGAUAAUUAGGAAUAGUGUUUAUUCAUUACAUGUGUGUUACAUGACAUUAAUAAUAUUUGAUUUUCGGAAGUGUUUGUACAAAAAAGAACUAUGUUGCUGCUCAUACUCCCAUCUACCAGAAUAAGAGUAGCCUGUGUGCUCCAUUCCAAGAACUCUGCCUAAGUUAUGGCCAUCGAUUCAUCAUGUCAUGCUUUCCAAAAUAAACAUUCUGUCCAUGCUUAUGGUCAUA